UUGCUCCCCUUAAAGCAAUAGACUGCCCGUGUGGCUUGAGCCUACUCGACUUUGUAUUUUUAAACGUUGCUCAUCCUUAAGGAAAUAUAUAUUUCAUAUCAACAGCAUGGACUAGUCUAAAAGUUUUUGCAAAUAUUCCUGCAAGCUUGACAAUGAUGCCCACGAGGUGAUAGCAGCUCACUUCUUAUCCACAAUAAAGUAUGGCUCUUCUUGGGAAUCAGACUGUUAUACACUUGUCUGAGCAGACGAUCGUUUUGUUUUCAUGCGCGCUGUCGUUUCUCGGCUCAACACUUAUUAUCCUCACUUACAUUAUAUUCAAAGACUUAAGGACAACUCCGAGGAAGCUUCUGGUGUACCUCUCGGUGUCUGACUGGCUGUCCGCCGUGUCCUACGCCUUUGGGGUCUGGAGAGUUUUCCACACCGACUCGCUGGACUGUGUCGUCCAAGGAGCGAUAUCCACUUUCGCCAACACUAGCUCCUUUUUCUGGACUGUGGCCAUUGCUGUUUACCUGUAUGUUUUUAUCGUCAGGUCAAGCCAAAGGGUCGCUGACAGCCUUGUGUUGCCAUUCCACUUCAUAAGCUGGGGUGUACCUCUGUCCAUCACUGUAGCAGCCCUGUCACUGAGUAAGAUUGGCUAUGAUGCCUCUGAAGUGUCGGUGGGCUGGUGCUGGGUGAAGAUCCGCGCUCCUGACCGGGUACUGUGGAUGCUUCUGACUGGAAAGAUUUGGGAGUUCUUGGCCUACCUCACCCUCCCUGUACUCUACAUCCUGAUCAAAAGGCACAUCCACAUAGCGCAUACGGCUCUGUCCGAGUACCGUCCCAUCCUGUCCAACAGGCCUCAGUCACACUCCUUCUUCUCCAUGGCUGAUAUGAAGCUAACACUCAUUCCCAUCAUCUUCAUUGUCCUGCGCAUUUGGAGCACGGUGCGCUUCAUACUGCUGCUAACUGAUUCUCCAGCCAGACUGAACCCAGUGCUGGUCACUCUACAUGGAAUUGGCAACACCUCACAGGGAACCGCAAACUGCAUCAUGUUUGUAUUUUUCACUCAGCCAAUCCGCACACGCCUCUGCAAGGUUUUCUGCUGCUGCUGUAAGUGUGGAGCAGAGGCGCAGCACUCUCAAGACGACCGUCACAGGCUGCCGCCGGGACAGGAGCCCUCCACACAGAGAGAGGAGGACAGCACGAGUCGGGUCCUGACUGAUAAAUGAUCCUGUGGAUGAAAAUGUUGACAUGGAGGAAGCGGUGGAGGACUCUGCGUCACAUUGAGCCGCAUUACCGCGAGAGUCUGCUGACAGGGCCCUGAGAUUCUGCAGCUGCAUGCACAUCUGUGUCACAGUUAAAGGUCACAUAACUGCACUUAAAGUGAUGAAGGUGAUGCUGUCUGACUGACAGGCACAUUAGUUGUAGCAUUUAGAAUAUUUUAGACUGAAUAUGUUGCAUAUGAAUGUUUUAGUUCAGUGGAGAGGUGCUGUUCAUCACUUUUUAAAAUGUAUUGUUUUUGCACUUGUUGUGACUGAAGUUGACACACGGAGGGAAAGUUGAAAGGCUUUAUUUAUUAUGCGCUGUGUUUAAAGAAACUUUAUGAAGUUUUAUUGUGAAAUGAAUAUUCAGUAUUCAAGAGUUUUGUGAACUUUUGUAAACAUUUUGGUACAUUUUUACAUUUGAGUUAACAUAUUAGUGCCUUAUUAUACAAGUGAUAGCUGAAUAGCAUUCUCACUCUCUGAUUCAUUUACUGUGAAAUUCAUUCGGACUCUUUUUAUUGUCACUGGUGGUGAACUACCACUAAGAGCUUCAGUACUAACACUGCCAAAAUCUCAUAUUUAAAGCAUCAUAGUCUGCUGGUUUGAAAAGACGGAUGUUGAAAGGAUUGUAGAAGAAAGCAAACAUGGUCAGCCUGAGUUCUCGUCAAGAAGUAGAAGCUUGUGAUAACAGUUUUGCACCAUCAUCAUCGUCCGUACUGAACUUCUUCUUCUGUUAUCGAUCAGAGAGAUUAGUGGGCUGUCACAACACAAAAGAAGCACUUUUUUGUUGUAACAAAUAAGGUAGAAUUGAAAAGAGGAAAAUAGAUUAGAGCUCUAUUUGAGAAUUUGAAUGUCUUUACUUAAACUUGGAAAUCUGUUACCAUAAGAAUCUGUUGUAACUCCUUAACGUGCCAUGGUUUUUAUAGGCAUUUUCAAGCAAGGUAAUGUAAGGUGUGAGUGAAAUUUUUGUUAGAUUAUAACUUAAUUGGAGCCUUACAUAUUUUGCCAUGUUACUGAAAUAGAGACUAAUAUCCCAAUGUAUAUCCUGUAUGACUUCCAGUCUGUUCAAAACUUGAUUAAAAGUGUGAAUCUUUU